AGCGAGGUAGCAGCGGCUAGAAGGAUGCACAGAGCUCGGGCUGUGUAUAAUAAAGAGGUGUCUGCAGGAUAGUGUUUGUUUUAUUUACUGCUGUUUCUGCACGACAAGGACGCCAGCAGAAAUGGCCGGAUUAAUCAAAAAGCAGAUUCUGAAACAUUUGUCACGGUUCACCAAGAAUCUGUCCCCUGACAAGAUCAACCUGAGCACGCUGAAGGGGGAGGGGCAGCUGUCCAACCUGGAGCUUGAUGAAGAGGUUCUGCAGAACAUGCUGGACCUGCCAACCUGGCUGGCUGUCACCCGGGUCUACUGCAACAAGGCCGCCAUCAGGAUACAAUGGACAAAGUUGAAAACAAGCCCCAUCUGUCUGUUCUUGGAUAAGGUUGAGGUAGAAAUGCGGACAUGUGAGGAGCCGCGUCCACCAAACGGUCCCUCUCCCAUAGCUAUCACAGCAGGACAGAGUGAGUACGGCUUUGCAGAGAAAGUGGUGGAGGGCAUGUCAGUGAGGAUCAACAACAUCACCAUCAAGGUUCAGGCUCGUGCCUUCCACGCCUCCUUCGAGCUCUGGCAGUUACAAGGAAACAGUCUGAACCCCAAAUGGGAGAGCAGUGACCUCCGAUACACCCGUGUCACCGACCCGAAGAGAGGAGAGGUGUUGACAUUCAAAGAAAUAAACUGGCAGAGUCUGCGUAUCGAGGCGGAUGCCAUUGAGAGUAACGACCAGGACCUUGGUAGCACACCGCUCCGUCUCAUCACCAACCAGGGACGCAUUCGCAUCGCUCUAAAGCGCAGAAUAAAGGACUGUAACGUGCUGGCAUCCAAGCUGCUCUUCAUUCUGGACGACCUGUUGUGGGUGCUGACGGACUCUCAGCUCAAAGCCAUCAUACAUUACGCCAAGUCUCUGAGCGAGGCCAUGGAGAAGUCGGCCCAGCAGAGGAAGAGCAGGACGGCAGAGUCCCUACAGACUGCUCCUCCUUCUCCUGGCCUCCACAACCUGUGGACAGAGACCCCCCCCGCCCCUGCUGGCCCCCCCAGCACCACCAGUCAAUACUUUGAUCUCUACGAUGUUAAGGAGUCUUCUUACCACACCUUCAUUUCCCGCUUGGACCUACACAUAUGCAACGACAGCUCUUCAUUAGAUGACGACGAGGCUCCCCCACCAGGCCUGCAAGGUGCCAUGCAGCUGACAUUCAGGAAGCUGGGCUUUGACUACUAUCCCGUCCACAGACCGGCUGAUGGAUGUCGGCACUGGGAGCGCUACAGUGGAGCCAUGGAGGCUCAGGCUCAGUGGGCCGGGAAACUCCUGCAGGAGUACCAGAGGAGGGCCCAGGCUGCUGGGAUCCCCGGGCCCCACUCUGAGGCCCCCCAGCCUAACAAGGACUCCCCCGCAAAGACAGUACGAGAUGGUCAGUCCAGCCCUAAGUCGGGACCCUCCCCCUCUGAGCAGGCAGCAGGCAGGACCUGCACCGCUCCUUCCGGGUCCUCGCUGAAGAGGCUGCGCUCCUGCUGCGUGGUGGUCAGGGUGGACGACGUGGACAUUCACCAGGUGUCUACAAGAGGCCGUCAAAACAAGAAGACCCGGUCCUUUUUAUCCUGCAACCGUAAAGCCCUGCGUUUACCAGACAACGUACCAGCAAUUCAUCUGCAGUUCACUGAGUACUACUUUCCUGACAACACCAGCUUUACAGUGCCCACCUCGAACCUGUAUGCCCAGCUGAACGGCCUGCAGCUCUGUGUGGACCCAGCCAGCGUUCUGUGGAUCAACCUGUUCUCCAGGGGUCUGCUGCACACCCUGGAUCAGGUCAAAGCUUUCUACCAUUUGCAAGACAGCUGCAGAGCAGAAGAGCAUGUAGACGUGCGCUUGGAUGCAGCUCAGCUCAAGUUAAUAAUCCCCUUAGACUCUUCCAUAUUGGACCACCCGGAGCGCCCGCAGUCCCUCUCUGUUACCGUCCCCCAGAUGGUCCUCAGCAACACCCGCCUCUGCCCUCACGGCUCCAGAGCGGACCUGAACGCCACCUUUGAGAAGUUCUCCAGCUGCCCUUUCUUUCAGCACACGCCUCCCUGCCCUUACCCCAGGGACCAGAGUGCCUUCCACCCCCUCCCCUCCACCUUCCUCCUGCACUCUCAAGACACCGAGCCUCAACCAUUUGACAGAAAGCAGCUACGACCCCAAGAUGUCUGGUCUCUCAGUCUGUCCCGUGUGACCCUAGGUUUUGACGGCGCCCGGCGAUUCCCCAAAGGCAGAACACAACCUUUUGUUGAACCCUUCGCUGUGUCUGUGUGGAUGUGUCAGCCCUCUGCCUUACAAAACGGAUUAUCGUCGUCCUCCUCCAGCCCCAGCCUAGCCCAUCAGCCAUCAUCAGAGCAGGAAGAGGCCUCACUUGCCUCUGUGCACUUCCUGGCCCACACCAUCACUCCAGUGAAGAUGUGGCUCAACCACUACCAGUAUGUCGCCCUGCUGAGGAUGAAGGACUCCAUGGCUCGUUUGGGGGGGGAGUUAGGCCGGGAUCUUCGAGAUGUCAAGCAGGCUCAAGGCAAGAAAACAAAACCUGCUACAGUUUGUCUUUCCCUCCUGGUGGACUCAGCAGAAUUGGGUCUCCUGUUGCCACCAGCGUGCACAGAGCCCGAGGAAGAAGUCCCCCACACCCCGGAGACAGACAGCGGCAGCAUGACAGACUCUGACAUCUCCCCCACCCAUCACUCCGCAGUGCUGGAGGACAGCGGGUUAGAGAACGGCGUCUCCUCCAUCAACACCGGCUCUGCGUUCGAUCCGAACGAACAAGACGAGGUGGUGGAGGAGGCGUGUGAGGCCGUAGAGGAGGGGGACGGUUUGACAACAGAGAGGGACAUCCACGUCCUCUCACCUGGACACUCCCCCGCACUCUCACGCGAACCGUCCAACUUCAGCCUGGAGGGAGAGUUGUCGAGCGCCAUCAUCGUCACUAAGGAUGCGACCAAAGACGCCCUGAGUGCCUCGCUGGACCUGACCAAAGGCGCCUUUUCAAUGACAAAGGACGCCUUCAGCAUGCUGAGUCGUGGCACCGGGAUGAGUAAAUUGUUCAGUCCGCAGGCAAAGGAACUGGUCCAGCGCUCAGAUGAGUCCUCCCCCUCCCUGGCUGCCAGCCUGCACCGCCAAUCCAUCAAGCAGUCGCCUUCCCAGCAUUCCUUUGAUAGUGCUAUCUUAGAUGGCAGCCUGCCUGACGAAAACCUCUCUGUCGACAGCGAUUUCAGCGAGAAUUUUGUUGUUCUCAUGGACUCAGAGUUUGGGACGGAGUCCAUGCGUCCCAACAACACAGGCAGCCGAGGCAGCCCGGCCCCGGGCACAGAGGGGGGGUCAUCAGCCGACCUCAGCAGCUCUCUGUCCCAAAGCAUAGAGGACGUAUCUCAGGAUAUGUCCUCAGUGUUGCUGCUGGUGCUGAGUGGAACGGCCUGCACAAUGGAAGUAAAGGGAGAAGACCAAGUACUGGCUGUCGAGGCCCAGAAUCUGGUCCCGGUGCAGAUGGGUAAUAACAGAGUAUCUGACCUGCUGGCUGGCCUCGUUCAAGCCCCAGUCUUACCACCCCAGGACCGGCCCGGUGUGAGGGGCUGUCCUGUGGUGUGCCUGCGAGCAGAGAUGGGACCCUCUGCAGCCCGACACUCAGGUCAGGCCGAGACUCUGGGCUACAUAGAGAUGAGAGUGCAGAACUGCAAGGUGGAGCUGUUAUCCUCCACAGUGACUAACAUCGGUCCUUUCCUGGAAGACGAGUUCAGCGCUGACAGUCCGCCAAUGAAGUUACACAUCAGCAACAUCACAGUCACUUUGAAGGACGAUAGCCCUAAAAUCUACCCUACAGCGCCUCAGCCCGUCCCAGCCUCUUUCAUUGUGGAUCAGCUGCUGCUCGAGCGCUGUGAGGACGGCAUGAUGAGGCUCAAAGCUGAAGGUUCAGACCCUAAAGCCUCAGCCUGUGUUCCUGUGGCGGCCCCCGACAACCCAAACUGUUCCUACUCUGUUCAACAGCAAAGCGAGAGACAAACUCUGGAGUGCCAGCUCUCCGAGGCCCAGGCCGCUCUCACACAGGCCCUCAGCGAGAGAGAACAACUCCUUCUGGAAGUCAGGAAGCAUGACCCCGCGUUUACUUUUUGAGCCUCUCUUCUGUCUGUCUGUCGCCUCUGAGCCAACUGCAUCAUUGCUCCUGCUGAAGAACAGUGACGGGAUGCAUCAGGCUGAAUGUCAGGAACCAGCAAGGCUCAUUUAAAUCUGGAUGUUGGACAUGUUUGAAAAGAAGGUGAAGCCAAGUUGUGGCUUUGGAUCACUUCCAGAGGUUAACAAAAGAGCCUGUAUGACAAAUACUAAAAGGACAACUUAGUGAGCUUACUUAUAGGUAUAUUAAUGGUACUAUUUUUUAAUAUGGCAGUUUAAAUGAACCUCACUGCUGCACUGAAGACAAAUGACCCUGGUUAUUUCUCAUUCGAGUCAGUG